AACCUUCCCUCAGAAAAUAUCGCCCAAGCUUUAUAAUCUUCAUUCACCUCCUUCUAUCUCUCACUUUGAUUUCAUUUCUUCUCCAACAAAUCACUGUGAUUGUUCAAUUUUCAAGCAUCAACAAUGGCGCAAGUAGUGGCUACCAAGUUACUUCACAAUUCAUUCGUUAGCACUGCCUCUUCUGGAUCUCUUAACAGUCAGAUUGAGAAGAUCAAGCCUUCGGGUUUCGCUUCAAAAGUUUUGAGUAGUUACAAUGGCCGGAUUAGCCCCAGCCACCACCGUGUUCUUACCGUCACCGCAAGGAGAGCUGCGGACCUCCAGGUUGUUCCUGUUACACCCGAAGAUGUGCCCAAGAUUGAAGAGCAAAUGUAUCAAUCAAAGGAAGUUUUACCAUCUUCAAAGGGUAUGUGGUCGAAGCCCAUAGUUAAGCGCAAGACCAAAAUUGUUUGUACAAUCGGUCCAUCCACCAACACUAAAGAAAUGAUAUGGAAGCUAGCUGAGGCUGGGAUGAAUGUUGCAAGAAUGAACAUGUCCCAUGGAGAUCAUGCUUCUCAUCAAAAAGUCAUUGAUCUGGUUAAAGAAUAUAAUGCGCAAUCCAAAGAUAAUGUCAUUGCAAUCAUGCUCGACACAAAGGGUCCUGAGGUCAGGAGUGGAGACUUGCCACAACCAGUUAACUUAAUAAGUGGUCAAGAAUUCACUUUCACAAUAAAAAGAGGCGUUGGCACUGCGGACUGUGUUAGUGUCAACUACGAUGAUUUUGUGAAUGAUGUAGAAGCGGGUGACAUGCUUCUUGUUGAUGGUGGUAUGAUGUCGCUAUUGGUGAAGUCCAAGACAGAAGAUUCAGUAAAAUGUGAAGUUGUGGAUGGCGGAGAGCUCAAGUCUAGACGUCAUCUAAAUGUCCGAGGAAAAAGUGCAACUCUACCAUCUAUUACUGAAAAGGACUGGGAUGAUAUCAAAUUUGGUGUGGACAAUCAAGUUGAUUUCUAUGCAGUUUCUUUUGUUAAAGAUGCAGAAGUUAUCCAUGAGUUGAAGAACUAUCUAAAAAGCUGUGGUGCGGAUAUUCAAGUUAUCCCAAAAAUUGAAAGCGCAGACUCCAUACCAAAUUUGCAUUCAAUUAUCACAGCAUCUGAUGGGGCAAUGGUGGCAAGAGGGGACCUUGGUGCAGAGCUGCCUAUUGAAGAGGUUCCAUUGUUGCAGGAAGAGAUAAUCAGGAUGUGCCGUAGCAUGGGAAAAGCUGUUAUUGUUGCAACUAAUAUGCUUGAAAGCAUGAUCGUUCAUCCUACACCUACCAGAGCAGAGGUAUCCGACAUUGCUAUUGCUGUUAGAGAGGGCGCUGAUGCAGUCAUGCUUUCUGGAGAAACUGCUCAUGGAAAGUUUCCCCUAAAAGCUGUUAACGUAAUGCACACAGUGUCGUUAAGAACUGAAUCAAGCAUAAUGGGUGGUGGCACAGUAUCUAGUCUUAAUCAAGCCUACAAGAAUCAUAUGAGUGAAAUGUUUGCAUACCAUGCCACAUCAAUGUCCAAUACUCUUGGAACUUCAAUUGUGGUAUUCACUAGAACUAGUACAAUGGCUGUCAUACUGAGCCAUUAUCGACCAAAUGGCACUAUAUUUGCCUUCACAGAUGAGAAAAGGGUACAACAGAAAUUGGCUUUGUAUCAAGGAGUCUGCCCCAUUUACAUGGAGUUCUCAGAGGAUUCUGAAGAAACCUUUGCAAAUGCUCUUGCUGUGUUGAAGAAUCAAGGGAUGAUGAAGGAAGGUGAGCAUGUAGCUCUGCUUCAGAGUGGGAAACAACCAAUCUGGCGAUUUCAAUCCACCCAUAAUAUUCAGGUCAGAAAGGUAUAAAAGAGAUGAUGAAAGAUUGAAGAUUGAUUAUUUACGAUUAGCGUCUGUUUCAUUUUGUUUUCUAGUCCUGUUUUUGUGCUAUCAACUUGCUCGUCUGCCAUUGAUGAAUUUGCAGUUCAGUUUCUUGAAUAUGUAUCAGAUAGCAAAAUUCUAUUAGUUUUUACAAACUUUUGAGUCGUUAUCUGAGUUUAUAGAAGCAUUCAUGUGUUCAUCAGAAAACCUCCAUCUGUUGUUUAUUGUUCUUUCGUUAUUUAGAUCA